AUUUGCGCGUGGUCUGUUGCCUGGUAACAGCCGACAACGUCUCGUUUCUCAACUUUUGUUCUGCACGAAAUAAACGGAAUCAGGGGAUGUCCGUGCCUUUUUCCAACACCCACCUCCGCGUCCCCCGGGGCUUCGGAAACCUACUGGGAGGGCUGGCCAGAGAGAUCCUGAGAGACCAGCCAGAAGACAUACCCACCUUCGCUGCCCUCUAUUUCAAUGACCUCCUGAAAGAAAGAGCCGACAGUGGGGUGGAUCCUGCUGACUGGGCUGCCAGGCUUGAAGACAGAUUCUACAACAAUCACUCAUUUAAGAAGGAGCGGAGACCGGGUGGUGUCAGCGGAGCCGAAGAGCACGGGACCGUGACAGCUGGCGCUGAAAUUGACGAGGUCGAAUCGCUCGGAAACAGAAGAGUGGAACCCGGCGUGCCUGUCAAGACGUCAGUUGUGUCGGGCGCCAACUUCGACGCAAUCAAGGGGGUGUCAGGUGCUGAAAAUGGGGCUGUCGAGAAGGCCCUCAGUGACGCAGAUGCAGCAGUGAACAGGGUCAAAUUGGAGGAUGAGCCCUCCCGCGAGGCUUCUAAUGGCGGUGUGGCCAGUGUGGACAUAUGUGCUCAAGAGCUGAGAGACCCGGAGGGGGUCAGGUCACUGCCUCUGGAUAGAGGCACCAUAGGAAGUGAUGUCUUGGAUGCUAUGGUUGCUGGGCCCCUGCUGACUGAGAGAGAGAAGUCUGAGGCUCAGGAUGAGGAUGUGGAAGCUGUAGGAGGAUAUGAGCAUCUUCUCCAGGAAUGGCGAGCUGAUGUUGACGAUGUUCUGCCAGAAAAGGACGCCAAGGAAGGCCUCACUUCUGGUUCCUGUUAUGAAAUACCUAAUUUAAAAGACCCUGCUGAGGAGGCUCUGGAUUUCUCUCAAAAGGGAGAAGACCUGGCUGGAGAAGAGGACAGGAUAAAGUACAGAGACCUCAGCGAGACAGGGGAUAUCAUGGAUACACUCUUAGAGAAAAAGAAGGCAGAGGAAGGAGACAUAGUGGAGGGCAUUUUAGAAAGCUACACCCCCGCAGAAGGAGAGAGUGUCCUGGAUAUAGAGGCAGGGAGUCAAAUGAAAGAAGAGCGUCUGCAAAGUGCUUCAGUGUCCUCUAACAUUGGAGAAGAUGAAGAGAUAGUCAAACAGCAGUCUUUCACAAUUAACACCACAGAAAUGGUAUAUGGUAAUGAGCCUGUAGCCAUUGAUGAAGGGCCUUACCAAUUAAGUGUCCAUCCUGGGGUGGGGGGAGAUGAUAGACUUGAAGAGGACAGCCCUGACAUUGAGAGAAAGUAUGGGAAUGGAUGGACUGAAAGUGACAGAGCCAAGAUAAAUAAGUAUGUUUUUGUUGAAGGUUCUGAAUGUGAAGUUGGGAGGGAGUGCAGCCCUGUGAGAGACCUCCAAGUACAGGGUAAGGAGGAGAAUGAGGGCAUAGCUGAGGAGCCACAAGGAGAUACAUCUGAGCAGAAGGUGGGGCCACAACCAAAGUCUGACACAGAGGAACACCUGCUUGCGGAGGACCAACCAAUCACAGAAGAAUAUAUUCUCUCAGAUGAACACACUCUUACAGGGGAGUACUCAUUUACUCAGGACCAACCAAUCUCAGACAAAUACCUGACCGAGGAUGAACACCUGCUCACAGAGGAGCACUCGAUUGCAGAGGAACAACCAAUUACGGACAAAUACCUGACAGAGGAUGAACACCUGUUCACAGAGGAGCACUCGAUUGCAGAGGAACAACCAAUCACAGACAAAUACCUGACCAAGGAUGAGUGUCUGCUCACAGAAGAGCACUCAAUUACAGAAGAACAACCAAUCGCAGACAGAUACCUGACCGAGGAUGAACACCUGCUCACAGAAGAGCACUCAAUUACAGAAGAACAACCAAUCACAGACAGAUACCUGACCGAAGAUGAACACCUGCUCACAGAAGAGCACUCAAUUACAGAGGAUCAGCCAAUCGCAGACAAAUACCUGACUGAGGAUGAACACCUACUCACAGAGGAGCACUCAAUUACAGAGGACCAACCAAUUGCAGACAAAUACCUGAGAGAGGAUAAGCAUCUGCUCACAGAAGAGCACUCAGUGAUAGAGGAACAACCAAUCGCAGACAAAUACCUGACUGAGGAUGAACACCUGCUCACAGAAGAGCACUCAAUUGCAGAGGAUCAACCAAUCAUAGACAAAUACCUGACCGAGGGUGAACACCUACUCACUGAGGGACAUUCGAUCACAGAUGAACACACACUCACAGAUAAAUAUCUGCUGACAGAAGAACAUCUGAUCACGCAGGAUGAUGCUCCCUCAGAGCAAAACCUGGUCCCAGAAGAAACUGGAUGCCUGUCUCCCAGCCUCAAAAAGAAUGCCAGUGAAAAUAACCAAGAACAAGCCCCAGAGGAACAAGCGAAGGGUCUCCCCAACAUCUACAGUGCAAAGGACCACAAGGAUGAAUGCAGCCAGCCCCAGGAGGAGGACGUGAUGGACAUUCCCCUGGAUGACCCCGAGGCCAACAAGGCAGCUGCCAAAAUUCAGGCCGGCUUCCGAGGACACAUGACCCGGAAGAAGAUGAAGGACGACAAGCCCAGGGAGGAGGUGAGCAGCACUGGGGAGGCACUUAACGGCCGCCGGAGGGAUUCAGGAGCAGCAGGAUCAGAAGAAGUAGAAGGAGACGACACCUCCACCCCAGAACAGUGAGGUUCCGGAGCCCAGCGGAGCUUAGCACACCCACUGCAAUAACCAGAUCUCUUGUCUUAAAAUAGCUUUCCAUGUACGAAAUAAAGAAAUUCCGAGUUCGAAGGGGGAUUGGGCUUUGUCGUACGAUCUGUGAACACACUCACACUUUACUGCUUACUGUCCAGUGUGGAUAGAUGUCUGUGAUCUAAAAAAAAAAACAUUUUAUAGCAUGUUUUUUUCUUAUCUUGGCAAAUGACCUCGGUGACCAAGUGCUGCCUGAAUAUUAAGGAAGUUGCUUUGCAAAGUUACAGAGAGGGAAAAAAAAGAAAAAUAACCCAGAAAUGUCUGACUGUUUUAAAAGAUGUUUUAUUUGAUUGCGACUUUCUUUCGGUCCUGCACUUAUUUAUGCAUCUGCUGUAACUUUUUCGGUUUAUGGUUUUGAUCAGUUUGUUCUCGUUUUGUGAAAUUCCUGUAAAGCCGUUCCCAUCAGAUGAACCGACUUUGUGUCACGGCACCAUGUGUGAGUAGGUUUGUCAUUAAUAAGCUCAAUCAGCCAGAAGUUCGCACAAAUGCAGCCUGUCCGUCAUCUUAAUUAGCUAUUGUCUUCAUUAUUUAAUAUUACUCACAUGCACCAUAGAGAUUUGUUUUGGAUAAUGUUGGGUAUUGUUUGUGUAAAGGAAAGAGGCUUUCGAAGUGCAAGUACUCAGACGCACAGCCAUCUGAUAAUAGCGUACGGAGGCUAGAUAAUUUCAUUUUCUUUCAGUUAUGUUCUGUAAAGAAUAUUGUUUUUCUAAAACAUGAGCAUGCGACAUUAAAGUGUUUCGUAAGCCAGUGUUUAGUUCUGUCUACGGAGAAUUAGAAUUUGAGCUCCUUCUCUGAUUUUCAUGGGCACCAGAAGGAGCGUACUCUGUAUGUGAAACACCAACCUUGGUCUCAUCUUUUACUUGAAGCAGAUGGGUGAGAUAGCGAUUGUAUCAAAUCAGUUAGACAACAAUAUGUCGGCAUGCUGCACGUUCAACCUGGGUGGACUCUUACCUGCUGCAUUCUUUAAAGGACUAACACCUGUUUGAAAAAUUAAUAAAUAAAAAGGAAACUGUU